GAAGAGGCAAUAAAAAAUGUGAAAUCUGGAGAUAGAAUAUUUAUUCAAGGAGCGGCAUCUACUCCUAAUACUCUAAUAAACGCAUUAGUCGCAAAUGCAGAAAACUUAAAAGAUGUAGAAAUCUGUCACCUUCAUACUAUCGGGGAGGCAAAAUAUUCUCUACCUGAAUAUGAAAAUAGUUUUAUGGUUAAUAAUUUUUUUAUCGGGGGUAAUGUUCGAAAAACGGUUGGUAAAACUCGAAAUCAAUAUAUUCCGAUAUUUUUAAGUGAAAUACCUCUUUUAUUUAAAAAGAAUUAUUUACCAUUAGAUGUAGUAUUUAUUCACGUAAGCCCUCCCGAUAAGCAUGGGUUUUGCUCUUUAGGUUUAUCUGUGGAUGCAACCGUUUCUGCAUUAAAAACCGCAAAAUUAAGAAUAGCACAAGUAAACCCAUACAUGCCGAGGUCUCAUGGAGAUGGUAUAAUUCAUAAAUCAAAGAUAGAUUUUGCUGUUCAUAGUGCGGACGCUAUUCCGGAAGAAUCACCAGCCCCCAUAUCAGAAGAAGAAAAAAAAAUUGGAGAAUAUAUAGCGGGAAUUAUUGAUGACGGAGCAUGUAUUCAGAUGGGUAUUGGAGGUAUUCCAAACGCAGUAUUGAGUUGUUUAGGAAAUCAUAAAAAUUUAGGAAUUCAUACAGAAAUGUUUUCAGAUGGCGUAAUUCCAUUAGUUGAAAGUGGAGUUAUAAACGGAUUAAACAAAAAAUCACAUCCUGGGAAAAUAGUUUCGACUUUUGCAACUGGCUCUAAAAAAUUAUAUGACUUUAUAGAUGAUAACCCUAUGGUGGCUAUGUUAGAUGUAUCAUACACUAAUGAUACAGCCGUAAUCAGAAAAAACCCAAGAGUAACUGCAAUAAAUUCGGCUAUUGAAAUAGAUUUAACGGGGCAGGUUUGUGCUGAUAGUAUUGGCUCAAUAAUGUAUUCUGGUAUUGGAGGUCAAAUGGAUUUUAUAAGAGGGGCUUCUCUUUCAAAAGAAGGAAAACCUAUUAUUGCUAUGACAUCAACUUCUAAGAAAGGGGUAAAUAAAAUAGUUCCUUUCUUAAAACAAGGUGCUGGAGUAGUUUCUACAAGAGGGCAUAUGCAUUAUAUAGCUACAGAAUACGGAAUUGUUGAUUUAUACGGAAAAAAUUUAAGCCAAAGAGCAAAAGCUCUUAUUUCAAUUGCUCAUCCAAAUUUUAGAGAAGAUUUAGAAAUAAAAGCAAAAGAAAUUUUUGGAAAAAAAUGGCGUGGUUUAUUGCAUCAAAUGGUUCCACACACAGAUGAUUUAUUAAAUAAAGAAUCAAAUACUGCAUAUAUAGGAUUUGACCCUACUGCUGAUUCCCUGCAUAUUGGGAGUUUAGUACCAAUUAUUUUAUUAAAACAUCUUCAAAAAUAUGGUCAUCAACCUAUAGCAUUAAUCGGAGGAGCAACAGGAAUGAUAGGCGACCCCUCUGGUAAAAGUAAUGAAAGAAAUUUAUUAGAUGAAACUCAACUAAAUCGUAACUCGCAAGGAAUUAAAGCACAAUUACAUAAAUUACUUCACUCUGAAAUAAAUGAUUCCAAUAAAAUUAUUAUUGUAGAUAAUUACAAAUGGAUGAAAGAUUUUUCUUUUAUAGAAUUUGCAAGAGAUAUCGGAAAGCAUAUAACGGUAAAUUAUAUGAUGGCAAAAGAUUCGGUUAAAAGCAGAAUAUCUGGUGAGGAUUCUGAAGGAAUGUCUUUUACAGAAUUUACUUAUCAACUGUUGCAAGCAUAUGAUUUUUUAUUCCUUUAUCAAACAUUCGGUUGUAAAAUACAAUUAGGUGGCUCAGAUCAAUGGGGAAAUAUAACUACAGGAAUAGAAUUGAUUAGAAGGAAAGCAGGAGGCGAAGCAUUUGCAAUUACUUGCCCUCUUACUACUAAGCAUGACGGUUCAAAAUUUGGGAAAAGCGAAGUAGGAGAAAAUAUUUGGCUCGAUCUUGACAAAACUUCUGCUUUUAAAUUCUAUCAAUUUUGGAUUAACACUACGGAUGUAGAUGCAGAAAAAUUUAUUAAAAUCUAUACUUUUUUAGAAAAAGAAUAUAUAAAUAAUUUAAUAGAAGAGCAUAAAAAAUCUCCUCAUUUAAGAUUAUUACAAAAAAAAUUAGCUGAAGAGGUAACUAUGUGGGUACACGGUGAAGAAGAAUUAAAUUCUGCAAUUCUAUCAACUGAUAUUCUAUUUGGAAAUAGGAAUGUUGAUGAUUUAAAAAUAAUUGAUAUUAAAUCUUUUAGAGGGGUUCCUCAAAAAGUAAUUUACAAAGAAGAUAUUUCUAAU